GAAGUGUGGACGAGAUUAAAUGGGAAGCUUGCCAGCACCCAAAUAAAAUGUACGUGGCUGUUGCCUACCACAGUUAAGCAAGUGGACUACGCAAGGAUCAAAGAAAUUAAUUUUUCUUCUGCAAAGACACUAAAAGCCGACCUCGAUAAGUCCAUUGAAACGGUUGCUUUCCCUGUUGUUGAUUCAAGUCCACCAUCUCACACCUCCACACCUAAACGUCAAGAAGUGAAAAUGUCAUCAUCUCUAGAACCUUCUGCUGAAGAAAUGGAUGCUUUUUAUCACUCUUUGAGUGAAUGCAAAAUUAAACCAGUAUGUUUAAGUUUAAUUCACCCAUUUGCUGAUUCAUUUAUUUCAAGUACUAGAAACAUUAAGGCGGUGACAGACUUGUUUGAUCCCAAGUAUCUAGAUCUUUCAUAUACUGAUCUUCUAAAGGAGUGUAAUAAAGUACAAUUGAACCUAUCUGAUGAAGAUAUUAAGUCAAUCGAAAGGGAAACCGUGGAUCAGGCCAAAGGGAGUGCUUUUUUUAGACACAGGGCUGGAAGAGUAGGGGCUUCCAAAUGCCGUGCAGCCAGUCAUACAGAUCCUUCACAGCCCUCCCAGUCUCUGGUCAAAGCUAUUUGUUAUCCAGAUAUUUUUCGCUUUUCCACAGCAGCCACAAGAUAUGGAUGCAAACAUGAGGAUAUUGCCAUCGCAGAGUAUGAAAAAACAAUGCGAAAAACUCAUGCUAACUUUGUUAUAACUAAAUGUGGAACAAUUAUAAACAAGAAGUACCAAUUUUUACAUGCCACUCCAGAUUUUCUCUGUGAAUGUGAUUGCUGUGGACAGGGAUGUGGGGAAGUCAAGUGCCCCUACUGCAUUGAUGGAGUUGACUUUGACAGUUAUGUGCAAAAGAAAUCUUCCUGUUUGCAGAAAAAUGAAUCUUGUUUCCAACUCAAAAGAGAUCAUGACUAUUAUUACCAAGCACAACAACAAAUCCAUACAAGUGGGAGAGGAUAUUUAGAUUUUAUUGUGUGCGCCUCAGAUGGGCAAAAAACGAAAUUUUUCUUGGAAAGGCUUGCUCCAGACAUGAAACACUGGGAAACACAAAUUCCCAAACUAGAGACUUUCUGGAGAAUUUGCAUAUUACCAGAAAUAUUGGGAAGAUGGUAUACCCGAAAGAUGGAUUUAAAAGCCCAGCUUUCCCCAGAAGAAGUCACAAAACCUGGUGACUGUUACUGCAGGGAAACAACUAGUGAAGCACCAAUAACAUGUGCCAACCACACAUGCAAAAUAUCCAAAUUUCAUCCAUCCUGUUUGGGUAUCAAGAAUGUAACAGUUCCAAAAAUGUGGUACUACCCUCAUUGUAGAAAGUUGCCCCAAUUUACCAGGGCAAAAAGCAAGAAAUUGCCUGAAAUGAAGGAUCAAUUCCUAAGUGAGGCAACAAAACUUGCAACUAUCUGCACAUGUCAAAAAAAAGCACAGACAAAUGAUAAACUGCUGAAAUGUCAUAAUGAACAGUGCUCAAAUGGUAAAUUUUUUCAUCUGUCCUGCAUGUCUUACAAACGUUAUCCAAGCAAUGCAAGAACAACCUGGCUUUGCUAUAACUGCAAGAUUACAGCACCUAAAAGUAGACCAUCAACACCAGCUCAAGGGAAUUCUGAUUUGGUAGGAGAACCAGCUGGAACACCCGAUAGUGUAAUGUCAGCCCCUAUUAUUAAUGAUUCAAGCUCCCAAAGUGAUAAUGAUUUGAAGGCAGAUUCACCUGCAACACCAAUCAACAUCAGUGCAAACACCCCACAGGAUAGUGAUGUGGAAGGAGAAUCAUCCCCAAAUCCUGACCCAGAUGUUUUGUUUGUCAAAGAAACUGUCAAUACAAAUGUUAAUAAGACGGGUUCACUAGGGAAUCUGACUGAAAGAGAAUUUGCAUUGAUAGAGGAUACACAUGGCUGGUUAGACUGUUCUAUAAUCCACCAGGCACAAAUCUACCUCAAACAGUUAAAUCCGAACAUUGAAGGAUUUCAAAGGCCAACACUUGGUCCAAUAAGAGCCUUUGACAUUAUCAGUGGUGAAUUCAUACAGAUUUUGAACACUGGAGGUAACCACUGGGUAUGUUUAAGUUCCAUUGGUUGCUCCAGUGGCCAUGUUAAUUUAUAUGACAGUUUUUUUCAUGAUGUUGUCUGUGACGACAUUGAGGAACAGGCAAGAAGUCUACUCGGACAGGACUUCAGGGGAAUUAAUGUUGUCCCUAUUCAGCAGCAACUAAAUGGAUCUGACUGUGGGAUAUUUGCUAUAGCAUUUGCUACGAGCCUUGUUUUUAUGCAAGACCCCUUGAGUAUUCAAUUUGAUAUCCCGAAAAUGCGUCCUCACCUUUCAAGAUGUUUGAGGUCCAGUAGAAUGGAACUUUUUCCAGCCGUUGAUCUUUAA